GAAUAGUGAGAAAAAUGAAUGACAUAUUUCAAACUAAUUGAUUUUUUAACUCAUUCAAAAAUCAAAAAUAUUCGUUAACCGUCAUUGCAACGUUCUUAUAAACAAGAAAAAAGAACAUUUUUUAUAUUUUAUCUUGCAUUCUCCUGCGACUCCUGCCCCCAAAAAUAGUAGUUUUUGUGUGAAAUACACGUCUACUGCCAUUUGCCGAGUUUUCCACUGCAGUCAUAAACAUGGAUCCAAAGAAACCAAAAUUAGUUAAAGAAGAACCAAAAUUAGAAAGAAAACCAUCAAUCAGGACAAAACAUGCACCACCUGUAGUCAGACAAACGCUUACAAGCGCAAAAAGAAUUCAAAAUGCUCUAAAUCCAUUAGCAACAUUUACUGCUUCGAAAUCAAGUUUGGCAUCUACUAAACAACCUACAGGCACAAUUUCAAAACCGAGUUCAAAACAAACCCAAAGUUCAUCAGUAUCAGCAGCACCUUCUUGCAGUAAGCCGAAAGAAUUACCAGGCACUACUGCUUUAAGGCGAACACAAUCAGUUAAAGAAACAAGGCCCAAAUAUUCCAAUCAGCCUCAAUUAAGUUCUAAUUUUAAACAACCCCUACAAAGGAAAACAGGUACAGAUUUUAAUAGAAAAUCUACUGUGGCCCCAAAACCAGGGAUCGAAUAUAAAAGGCAACAAUGGAAACCACAAUUACCUCCAAUAUCAAAGCCAAAGCCUGAAUUCAAACAACAACAGAAAAUUUUGAAACGACCACCCAUGUUUCCUCAUAGAAAAUCCAUGUCUUCUGAUAAUAUUCAAACAAAAAAUUGCAAACCUAAAUUAAAUGAAAGUCAAUCUGUUGAAAAUAUCUAUAUGCCAACUCCAAAAGAAUUGAAGGGACUCUCACCUAUAAGCAGAGAGGAAGCAGACAAUAAAAGGCUACUUUUCAAAACUCCAUCAGCAUAUAGGCGCAGGAGUAUUUAUCAUCACACUCCAUUAUCAAAUAGAAAAUUUAAUAAUUUUCUUAUCGCUUCCUCACCGAGACCUGAUGAAAUGCUGCAGUUACAGGACAGGCUGAAUAAAUGGCUCCGAUCAAGGGGCAAAACACCAGCAGAAUUUCACAAUUUAAACAAAUUCAUCGAGUCUUGUAGGAAUCGUGUUUCUAAUGCGGUGAUCGAUGAAGUUGAAGAACAAAACAAAGAAAAUGUUGAAGCUGUCGAUUGUAGAACUGAAAGUUAUGAAAAUUUAAAAAUAAACGCUACACCUGAAGAAGAUAAAUUUAAAAUUGCCAAAGAAGCUAUUCUUGUUCUAAGAAGAUUAGUGGAACAGGGCUAUCCAGCAAGCGAAUCUCUAGAAUUAUUAGAUUUGAUAACAGAAAAAUAUAAAAAUUUCCUCGACACACCUGAAUAUUGGGAACUACGAGCAUGGAUUGACCAAGCUGAAGGAAAUAUCGUCAAAGCUGUGGAACAUUUCAGUACUGCAAUCAUUCAAGGAGCUGAUAUCAUAUCUGUGGAAAAAUCCAUCGAUCUGUUAUUGCAAAAAUUUAGUGUGCUUAAUAUCAGCCCAAGUAAAAUUAUACACAAAACAAAGGAUGAGGUUGAGCAAAGAGUCAAUGCGAAAAAUGUAUUUAAAUCAAGGAUUAUAAUGUUUGCGAUCAAAGAACGGGAAGCAAAGAAAAACCAGGUCACAGAAACACCGCAGAAAAAAUUUAUGGCUAUUCCAGUAAGGCGAAGUACACGAUUAUCAACUUCAACUUAUAAGAACUCGCCAGGAGUGACUCUUUAUCAAUCGCUCAAACAGGCAGACAAUUCCGAAGACAUAAGUUUUACAAAGAACAAGGCCUUGAUUUGAACAGAAUGAUUUGUCUUUUGUCAAUGAUUGUGUAUUGUAUUCAGUUUUAUUUUGUACCUUUGUUAUAGAUUAUUAUUAUUAUUAUUAUUAUUAUUAUUAUUAUUUUAAUGUGUGUGUAGUAUACUGAGUUAUUGUUUAUGAAGGUAGGUAGUAUUUGUUCUAAAAGAUCAACAUCAAUGUAACAUUUUAAAAGAAGUUAUAUUAUUUAAUAUGAUUUUGAUUAAGAUUUCCAAAAUACAUGGGCAUUUCUUUUAACUAUUACAAAUUACAGAAAUGUUCAUUGGUUUGGCUACUUUAUAAAUAAUUAAUUAUCUAUUCUAUACUAGUUUCCCUUACUUUGUUCUUGAUUUAUUUUUAAUAUUUUGCAUUUUGUUUUUCUACUUUUUAUCAAUAUAAAUAGAGGUUUUUUUACCAUUGCUGCACUUUACAGUUUUUUCCUCAAAUGAUAAUCCAUAUCGUAACCACUAUUUUAGCUUAACUCUACAACUAGGCCAUGGAAAUAUUGGACGACAAAGGGCUUAAAGAUUCAUGCAGCUAAUUUAGGAUCUCAUAAGGAAACACUGUUGAUAGUCCUUUUAUCUGGAACUAUUAUCUGAAAUAUAGAAAAAUUUAUAGG